AUGGCAGUCCAGUCCAAGCUGCUGCCCCCCGGCCGCAGCGUCAAGCAGAUCAUCUCGCAGUUGACGUCCCUCUACCUCAAAAAUCGCACGAGAAUCUCCCGCACCAUUUAUAUUACCCUGGUCAUUGCCCUGAUCCAUCGAAUCCACAAUGCCAUUUCCGAGCAAAAGGCCGCAGCCAGGAGGCAAGUCGAGAUCCAGCGUGAGCGCGCUCGGCACUCGCAGCAGACAGCGGGAGAUUCAGAUGCAAAGAACGACAAACAACAGGAGGAACACAGAAAGAAAAGAGUCGAAAUCAAUCGAGAGUUCUUUCGCAAUCUCCUGCGCUUGCUGAAGAUCGUGAUCCCCGGCUGGAGAAGCAAAGAGCUGAGACUCAUCGUCUCCCACAGUGUCUUCCUGGUUAUCCGCACCCUCCUGUCUCUCUAUGUCGCCGAACUCGAUGGCAAAGUCGUGUCGGCACUCGUCCGGGGCAAAGGUCGAGAAUUCGUCUUGGGUCUUGUGUGGUGGAUGCUGGUGGCAGUGCCCGCAACCUUUACAAACUCGAUGCUUCAAUACCAUCAGACGCGCCUUGCCCUGGCUUACAGGACACGGCUGACACAGUACAUUCACGAAAAGUACCUCAAUAACAUGACGUUUUACACGCUCUCGGCGCUCGACGAUCGAAUAAAGAACGCCGACCAACUCAUCACCGUCGACGUCUCUCGCUUCUCCAACUCCCUUGCCGAACUCUACUCAAACCUCGCCAAACCCAUCCUCGACAUGGUGAUAUACAACUACUCCCUCUCCAAGUCUGUUGGCGGAGAGGGUCUCUUCGCCAUGGCUCUACUAGUACAGAUAUCCGCCAACGUUAUGCGCGCUUUGACACCGCCAUUCGGAAAAUACGUGGCGGACGAGGCGCGAUUAGAGGGAGAGUUCCGCUUCCAACAUACCAGGUUAAUUGAUUACAGUGAAGAGAUCGCGCUAUACGCAGGCCACGAGGCUGAAAAGGACGGCCUGGACAAGGGUUAUUUUACAUUGAUCAAACAUGUUAAUCGCAUUUUGAGGAGACGGUUUUAUCACGGCUUUAUGGAGGACUUUGUCAUCAAGUACUUCUGGGGUGCUCUUGGCCUCGUGCUGUGCUCGUUGCCCGUCUUCUUCAAAAUCCCUGGACAAAAUCUCACUGCGGGAGAGUCCAGAGGUGACCACACGGAGUCCUUUGUUACGAACCGGCGCAUGCUUCUGAGCAGUUCGGACGCUUUUGGCCGCAUCAUGUUUUCCUACAAAGAAAUCACGGAACUGGCAGGCUACACGUCUCGUGUUGCCGGGUUAUUAGAUGUCAUGGACGAAGUGUCGGCGGGACGAUUCGAGAAGAAACUGGUCAGCUCCGCCUCGACGGAAGAGAAUGCCGCGGUGCUCCGAGGAAGAGGGUCGAUCGAGGAGAGCGAGAACAUUGAAUUCACCGACGUUCCCAUUGUGAGUCCCAACGGCGACGUGCUGGUCAAGAAGUUGACCUUUGCCAUCAAACCGGGCGAUCACCUGUUGAUCGUGGGUCCGAAUGGGUGUGGAAAAUCGUCGCUUUUCCGGAUCCUGGGAGGGCUCUGGCCUGUCUAUGGCGGCUCGGUGAAGAAACCCCGGUUCGAAGAUAUAUUCUACAUUCCUCAAAGACCCUACCUCAGCCGAGGCACCCUGAGAGAUCAAAUUAUCUAUCCAGACACGCUGCGGGAAUUCCGGGCCAAGAAUGGGUCCGAGGAGCAACUUAAGCAGAUCCUCUCCAUCUUGGAGAUUGAAGCCAUCAUCAAUCGACCAAACGGAUGGGACGCCGUGGAAGAAUGGCGCGACGUCUUUUCCGGGGGGCUGCAGCAACGGAUCGCCAUGGCUCGGCUUUUCUACCACAAGCCCAAAUAUGCCAUUCUGGACGAAUGUACCAGUUCUGUGACUCUGGAAAUGGAACGGAAAAUGUACGAGACAGCCAAAGGCCUGGGCACGACAUUGAUGACCGUGAGCCAUCGACGCAGUCUGUGGAAGUACCACAGCAUGAUCUUGCAGUUUGAUGGGCAGGGCGGGUACGUGUUUUGUCCAUUGGACGCGGAGAGGAGGAUCAAGCUGGAAGACGAGAAAGAAGAGCUGGAGACGUUAUUAAGAGGCGUAGACGCGUGGGAGGCACGUCUGAAGGAGCUAGAAGAGGUUUGA